AUGACUGAUUUUGGGGGCAUCCAUGCCUUCUUCUCAGGAGCGAGACGCAACACAUUGCGGUCCCGCUCUUCCUGCGACGUGCCGACAGAAGUACUGGCACCUCGCUGUGAAGUGGUGUCCAUAGGAGAACCGACACCACUAUUAGCGCCCGAGUCUCGCGACCUCGAGCGCCUUCGCUUCGGCGAUGGUUCAUCUGAUUCAUCAGAUGAACCAAAGAUGCUGCGACGCAAAGCAUCGUCCAUGCCACGCUUUGCAGGCGGCUUGGAUUCAAUCGCCGUCGAUACGGAUCCGUCUUCCGUAUCAGGAGAGUACAAGACACCGAGCUCUUACUCUGUGAAGACAUGA